ACCUAUGGGCUGCACCACCAGGACACCAAAAGUGUGGAGAUGUUCACCUUUGUUUGUCGCGUACAUGAUGGGAGUCCAGCCCAGGUAGCAGGGCUUAAGCCUGGAGACACAAUCACGGGCGUGAAUGGUCUCAAUGUAGAGGGGAUCCGCCACCGUGAGAUUGUGGAGAUCAUCAAAGCCUCUGGGAAUAUGCUCAGGCUGGAGACCUUGUAUGGCACAUCAGUCCGGAGAGCAGAGCUUGAGGCCCGUCUGCAGUACCUCAAGCAAACACUAUAUGAGAAAUGGGGAGAGUAUCGGUCACUGAUGGUGCAGGAGCAGCGCCUGGUCCAUGGCAUUGUGGUGAAAGACCCCAGCAUUUAUGACACCUUGGAGUCUGUGCGUUCCUGCCUGUAUGGCACCGGGUUGGCCAAAGGGUCCAUACCUUUUGGAAUGUUGUUGCCAAGUUCAAGCAGCACUUACAGCAGCGUGGGCUGCGUCAGCACAGCCACAGACGAGAGUGAGGAUUCUGUAUAUCAGACUUGCUUCUUUGACUCUGCCGACUCCCUGGACGCUCUCCCUGCAGCCGCCCAGUUUGCACGGCCGCGGCCAGCUUUAACCCGCAGUGCCAGCGUCAAAUGUGCCAGCAGCAAUGGAGCUGCCCGGUUCUGGGACAAGUCAUGUGACCAAAAGAACGCCACAGGGACGCCACGGCCCAGGAAGAGCAAACACGGAAGCUUCCGCAAAAGACUCCUCAAGUUCAUCCCUGGAUUGAACCGUUCUCUCGAAGAGGAAGAGAGCCAGUUGUAA